GCUCCAGACACGGAAGGCGCCAACACCAAAUCUGUGGCGAAGGGAGGCUUUGGCCCAAACAGCAUCAUGAAGAAGGCUCGUUGGCUCGUUGUGGUUCUCGGGGACUGGACUGGGACGGAAGAUGAGGAUUUCGAGGUGAAGGCCUCGGAUUUUCAGAGCAGCACCAAGAUCGAAGCGCUGUUGGAUGAGAUCAAUCAGAUGAUUUCUGGGGAUCCAAGUGCCAAGGGCAUUGUUUUUUCUCAGUUUGGAUCUAUGUUGGAGCUGGUGGAGUUCCGCAUGAAGCGUGCGGGGAUUUCCUGUGUGGUCUUCCGCGGUGGGAUGUCGAUGCAGGCACGUGAUGAUGCCUUGGCAGCUUUCAACGAGGAUCCCACUCUGAAGGUGAUCCUCAUCUCUCUGAAAGCUGGUGGAGAGGGCUUGAACCUGCAGGUGGCCAAUCAUGUCUUCCUCUUGGAUCCUUGGUGGAAUCCUGCCUGUGAGAUGCAGGCCAUCCAACGCGCCCACCGCAUUGGCCAAACUCGCCCGGUGAAGGCGGUUCGCUUUAUCACAGCAGACACCAUCGAGGAAAAGAUCAUCAAGCUUCAGGAGAAGAAGCAGCUUGUCUUCGACGCUUCCAUCGAUGGCUCUAGCACAUCUCUUGGAAAACUGACAGAACAGGACUGUGGCUGGUUGCAAAAACAAGAACCCGGAUGA